GAAGUAAAAUCCCAACGGUCAGAAAAUGCCCGUUCUCUCUGCGCAACCUCCGACGACCGAAAUGGCCCUCCUCGCCGGUGGUGCCUCUUUUCGAAGUCUCGACGUUCUCUCCCGGCGUCCCGGUAUUGUAAUCAGUUCGAAUUCCUCUUUCGAUUUCAUUUGGAUAUUCAUCGAUAAAAGUUUUGUUUGAUUAUUUAAGAAUUUGAUCUGAUUUUGUUUAUUUUCCCCUCGAUAAUUCGGUAGAUGGGCAAAUACUAGGGUUUAAUCGCUAAAUCUGAAGAAAUUUUGAUUGGAAAUCGAUGAUGGAGCUGCGCUUCUAUGUUAUUUUCUAUCGUUUGAUAUGAUUUUAGACACAUUUAUGCUGCUAACUUGUUGCUAUAAGUUCCUGGUAUUUACAGAUCUACAAUAGAGGGUUUGUUAAACGUUUGUUUCACACCAUUUUCUAAGGUUUCCGUCAGGCUUCAGUAACUCUGCAAGAAAACAGAGAUGGUUCAACAAGAUAUAUGUAUUUUCAGGGUGAAAUUGCAUAUGAUUUUUACAAGGUUUUGCUGGUGGAAGUCUCAAGCCCAAGUGAGUGAAGAAGAGCCCUUUAAAAGAAGAAACAGUUAUUCCUAAUUGUAUAGUGGAUAAUGAAAUGUAAAGAAUAAA